AAGGGGCCGUGGCUGUGAGGGGCGGUGGAGGCGAUGGCGGCCACGGCGGGGCAAGAUGGCAGCUGCCGAGCGGAGCCGGGCCGGCGGGGCUGUGAGCAUUAUGACAGAGGAUGUCUCUUGAAGGCGCCUUGCUGUGACAAGCUUUAUACUUGCCGGUUGUGUCAUGAUAACAAUGAAGAUCAUCAGCUGGACCGUUUUAAAGUAAAGGAAGUGCAGUGUAUAAACUGUGAAAAAAUUCAACAUGCCCAGCAGAUUUGUGAAGAAUGUAGCACGUUGUUUGGAGAAUAUUAUUGUAAUAUAUGUCACCUAUUUGAUAAAGACAAAAAGCAGUAUCAUUGUGAACGCUGUGGAAUUUGUAGGAUUGGCCCAAAAGAAGAUUUUUUCCACUGUUUGAAAUGUAACUUAUGCCUAGCUAUGAAUCUACAAGGAAAACACAAGUGUAUUGAAAAUGUCUCCCGACAGAAUUGUCCAAUAUGUCUGGAGGAUAUUCAUACAUCUCGUGUUGUAGCUCAUGUCCUGCCAUGUGGACAUCUUUUACAUAGAACAUGUUAUGAAGAAAUGUUGAAAGAAGGCUACCGAUGUCCAUUAUGUAUGCACUCAGCUUUAGACAUGACUAGGUACUGGAGACAGCUGGAUGAUGAAGUAGCACAGACUCCUAUGCCAUCAGAAUAUCAGAAUAUGACUGUGGAUAUUCUUUGUAAUGAUUGCAAUGGGCGAUCCACAGUCCAGUUCCAUAUAUUAGGCAUGAAAUGUAACAUUUGUGAAUCCUACAAUACUGCUCAAGCUGGAGGACGUAGAAUUUCACUAGAUCAGCAAUGACAUAACUGUCCUGCACUACACUGGAAAAAUCGGAAUUUUCUGAUAGAGAAAAAGGCUUCCCUUUAUAUUUUGUUGUCAUAAUUUGUCACAGUCUGUGCAUUAGAAUUGAUGUGUUUUGUACUAGUGUCACAGCAUAAAAUUGUAAGUACUUAAGGAUUCAGGGUCUCUUUAUGGAAUUAUCAUGGCUCUGUAUUGCAUGAAAGCCGCUGUGCUUGUGUUUUGAUUGGAAAUCUCUUUUAAUUGUUAUUCAGAAGCCAAUGAUGUUUACCAUUGAAAUUCAU